CCCUCAUUUCGCACAGACGCAAGUUGCACUUCAAUAUAGCGAUUCCUGGAAGAUACUAAAUCUUCCAUCAGCGCUAUAAAUCCGAUCCAAAAACCUUUUCAUUCUUUCUAUUUCUUUCACUUCUGUGCUAACUUCUUUUCACAAUGAAAUUUAUGAUUGCCGUAGCUUGCUUAGCGCUGGCCUGUGGAGCACAUGCAUCUGGCUGGGCUGGUCCCCCCGCCAACAUUGCUCUGUCCCAAGAUGGACGUAACAUCCUCGACACACCUGAAGUAGCACAGGCCCGUGCAUCCCACCUCGCUGCCCUACAGCAAGCAGCACAGAACAACCCUAACCCCCAGGACGACGGCUCCUAUGAUCCCCGCUGGGAUAAUGAGGAGUACUGGCAACGCGCUGAACAGCCCAAGUGGAACGCUGCUCCCGCUCAAUCUUGGAACUCAGCUCCCGCUCAAUCAUGGAACGCCGCCCCAGCUCAAUCAUGGAACGCUGCUCCCCAAUGGAAUGGUGCCCCAGCUGCUCCCGCAUGGAACGCUGCCGGUCAAUCUCCUGCUCCCGUUGCCGAGACUCCAGAAGUAGCCCAAGCCCGUGCCGCUCACCUCGCCGCUCUUUCCGCUGCCAAGUCAGCUGCUCCCGCUCAACAACAAUGGAACGCUCCCGCGCAGCAGCAGCAGUGGAAUGCUCCUUCCCACCAGCAGUGGAACGCGCCUGCUCCUCAGUGGAACGGCGCUCCUUCAUGGCAAGGCCAGCCCGCCCACCAGUCUGCCAACAUCAGAUUAGCCAAUGACGGUUCCGGUAUCUUGGACACCCCUGAGGUAGCAGCUGCCCGCGCUGCCCACUUAGCGGCCCACCAGCAGGCUGCGCACGCCGCUCCCCCCGCGCACGCGCCCCAGCAGCGCUGGUGAAGCUCUCUGUCUGUACUCGGUGCGGCUGGACGCAGCGCUAGCCCGUAGGUCGCGGUUGUAGGGGACCGCGUGUGUGCCAUUACGCCCUAGGUCUGCGUCGAGGCGUCCGCUCCUUCCUCCGAUCUCCUCUUCUUUUAGGAACUUUUCAAAGUGCAAGUGCGUCAGCCUAUUCUAUCCUUGUGGCUUUUUGUUACUUUUUUAAGGAAAUUAUAUUAAACGAACAUUUUGUACAUAAUAAUUGUAUGUAUGCGUAAUAAACGAAAUAUAUAGAAAGGAAAAUA